AGUCUGCACCAGUAAGCGCGCCAGUCCACUUCCUGCCAAUUGUGUUAUCUCGCCAAAAAAAAGACUCUCAUCUCUCCCGCGAGUGCUCCCCAACCCAGAAGCCACCCACCCCCAAAGCCAAAAGCCCCCAAAAACUCAGACCCCCAAACCCCCAUCGAUCCCCCAAACUCCUGCACCCUGACCAGACCCCUCCCACCCCCGAGUGAUGCCCAAAGUGCUGCUAAACCCCUAGACCCCAUUCCCCGAAAAGGACCUCAAACCCACAAAAAAAAAAAAAUCCCAGCCCCAGUGUUUCGUGCGUGAAGUGCCCACCGCAAAACCUCGCCAAAAUGGAGUACAACAAUUCCCUCCGCCUGAAAUAACGCCCGAGGUCCACCAUCGAGCCAGAGUUUGAUCGAGUGAUCGUCAAAAGGUAAAGAAAAUCAAAAGAACAAAUAAAAAAAAUGGAGGAUCACCUCCUGAUGACGGAGCUGCCAUUGCCAGUGCCAGGAGGCCUCCUCCACAGGUCCGGCCACUACUACCAUCUGCACCAGCCGCACCUGGCGCUGGGUGUUAACCCCCCAAGCACGAUAAUCGAGACACCUGUGCCCCACUAUCCCCCAGCCUCGAAAAAGCACUGCAGUAAUUACGGUAUAGCACGUCACUUGUCAGACCUGCGAACAAUCGAGAACGUGACAACGAGCACGCACAUAUCGAGCCUCUACCCCGAGAUCCUCGCCCACAUAUUCAGUUAUUUAUGCGUCAGAGACAAGGGCAGGGCUGCCCAGGUGUGCGUGUCCUGGAGGGACGCAGCAUACCACAGAUCAGUGUGGCGUGGUAUCGAGGCGCGUCUGCACCUGAGGAAGCAGGCGCCAGCAGUUUUCGCCAGUCUGGUGAGACGAGGUGUCAAGAGGGUGCAGAUACUGUCCCUGAGGCGGGGUCUGGGGGACGUCGUCAAGGGAAUAACGAACCUGGAGUCACUGAAUCUCUCCGGCUGCUACAACAUCACAGACACUGGACUGACGAGCGCCAUCUGCACCGAGUACUCCUCCCUGACGGAGCUCAAUCUGUCGCUCUGCAAACAGGUCACUGAUAACUCACUCGGGAGAAUCGCUCAGUACUUGAAGAAUCUUGAGUCACUGGAGCUGGGGGGCUGCUGCAAUAUCACGAAUACUGGGCUGUUGCUGAUUGCCUGGGGCCUGAAGAAACUCAAGAGACUGGACUUGAGGAGCUGCUGGCACAUAUCUGACGCUGGCAUUGGCCAUCUUGCUGGGAUGAGCAGGGAAACUGCUGCUGGGAAUCUUGCCCUGGAGCAUCUGGGACUGCAGGACUGCCAGAGGGUGUCUGAUGAGGCUCUCAGGCACAUUUCGGUUGGGCUGACUUGUCUCAAGUCCACCAAUCUCUCUUUCUGCGUUUCCAUCACUGACGCUGGCCUCAAGCAUCUCGCCAAGAUGUCUAGCUUGAGGGAGGUGAACCUCAGGUCCUGCGACAACAUAUCUGAUGUGGGAAUGGCCUAUCUUGCUGAGGGCGGCAGCAGAAUAUCAUCGCUGGAUGUGUCAUUCUGCGAUAAAAUUGGAGAUCUUGCUCUCGUUUAUAUUUCUCAGGGUCUUUUCAAUCUCAAGAGUUUGUCCUUGAGUGCUUGCCAGGUCAAUGACGAGGGGAUUUGCAAAAUUGCCAAGACUCUUCAUGAGCUGGAGACUCUCAAUGUUGGACAGUGCAGCAGGCUCACUGAUAAGGCGCUGUUUACCAUUGGGGAGAGCAUGGGACAACUCAAGUGCAUCGAUCUCUAUGGCUGCACGAAAAUUACGACCAGUGGACUGGAGGUCAUCAUGAAGAUGCCGCACAUCACUACGUUGAAUCUGGGACUCUGGCAUGUGAGGUGAUGAGGGGGGACGAGUGUAUAUAGGGAGGGCCGUGGAGAGGUGGG